ACGGGCUCCCGCUGAGGUGCGACACCGGCCCGCAUCCUCCCAGACAGGAGAGGAGGACAAGGUAGAGGCCAAGGCUGAGAGCACUAAACCCCUCCACCCGAUCGCCAGAGAUGAGUGCUGGGUGGCACUGAAAAGCCACCUCAACAUGAGCAACGCCUCGGACAUGAACCAGAGCAGCCCACCCUUCUGCCUCCUGGACGUGGGCUACUCCCAGACUCUCAACACCUGUGUCCUGGAGGUGGCCAUCAUUCUCUUCCUCACCAUCCUCAUCAUUGCUGGCAAUCUGGUGGUGAUCUUUGUCUUCCACUGUGCCCCCCUGCUCAACCACCACACCACCAGCGCCUUCAUCCAGACCAUGGCCUAUGCCGACCUUCUGGUGGGCAUGAGCUGUCUCAUCCCGUCGCUCUCGCUGCUCCACUACCUGGGCAGCCUGGACGAGGAGCUCACCUGCAAGGUGUUUGGUUACAUGGUGUCGGUGCUGAAGAGCGUGUCCAUGGCGUCGCUGGCGUGCGUGAGCGUGGACCGCUACGUGGCCAUCACACGUCCACUCUCCUACACCACACUAGUGACCGCUUGCCGGCUGCGCAUCUGCAUCGCGCUCAUCUGGGCCUACUCGGCUCUUGUCUUCCUGCCCUCCUUCUUCGGCUGGGGUAAGCCAGGCUACCACGGUGACAUCAUGCGCUGGUGUGCGGCGUCCUGGGGCACGCGGGCACACUUCACCACCUUCAUCGUGGCACUGUUAUAUGCGCCGGCCGCACUCACUGUCUGCUUCACCUAUGGCAACAUCUUCCGCAUCUGCCAGCAGCACACACGCGAGAUCACCGAGCGCCGUGCCCGCUUUGGGCCACAGGACGGCGAGCAGGGUGAGAGCGCCGCCUGUCCGGACAAGCGCUACGCCAUGGUGCUCUUCCGUAUCACCAGCGUCUUCUACAUCCUCUGGCUGCCCUACAUCCUCUACUUCCUGCUGGAGAGCGCCGGCAUCUACCGCCACCCCACUGCCUCCUUUCUCACCACCUGGCUGGCCAUCAGCAACAGCUUCUGCAACUGCCUCAUCUACAGUCUGUCCAACAGCGCCUUCCGCAGGGGCCUCAAGCGCCUCUGCUCCUUCUGCGUGCGCCGUGUUGAUGGCAAGAAACCUGUGGGGGUUGGGGGCGGGGCCGGGGGCGCACGUUCCGCCUGCCAUGUGUAGAGCACCGCCCUGUCCCCCAGACACCACACAGGGCCUGAUGGUGGCCCUGAGAUACGGGCGCGGCUCCCUUGUGAGGAGAGCGGACCUCCGGCUUGGCCUCCUCCUCAUCCUGUUAAGGGGUUAACAGUGACCCAAGGGGAGGGUAGAGGUGUGGGGGAGUAGCCCGAAUCUAGGAUGGAGUCCGGAGCAGCUGCUGUUUUGAGCACUUGUUUGGAUAAUGUACACUCACUAGUCUUUGCCAAAUAACAUCCUACUGCAAAAAAAAAAUCGUAUGAAACGUACGAGAAAAACAUUGCAUAUCCUAACAUUGUGUGAAGUAAUAUCGUGCAACUGUUAGGCCUGGGAAUGCAAAAAAAUUGAUGUAUUAUUUAUGUGCUGGAGGUGCAGAGCGCUGCCUUCUAGCCACCUGCACUUAUGGUGAGCUGACCUGUUCAGGCUGACUCAUUUAGAGAGCUUCCACUUGUUUAUCCACGGACUCUAGCUGCGUGUUUUUCUACAAGCUGCCAUGUUUGUUUGAGGCUUUUCUUCUUUUCAGGGCAAAGCUCUGUGAGCCUUUUCACAAGCGAGUUUGAGUCACACAGAUAAGAAAAGCCAGCACAUGAUGUUUCCCCUGUAAAUUUGU